AAUUUAACAUUCUGGUUUUCAAAUUCAAUUGUAUUGAGAACAAUUGUUAGCCAUGCUAUUGGGGAAAUGGUGUUUGAGGGCACCUCUCCUCCGCAAGAGGAAAGUGAUUCAACAGAAAGUUGUAAUGACUGGGUGGACCCUCAUACAUUUUUACUUGCAUUGGAAAAGUUCGAAGCUUGGAUCUUCUCCAGAAUAAUCGAGUCUGUCUGGUGGCAGACUUUGACUCCACAUAUGCAGUCUGCUGCAGCAAAGAGCUCAAGCUCAAGGAAAACAUCAACCAGAAGAUACAGAUUAAGUGAUCAAGAGCAGGGGAAUUUUUCGGUUGAGCUUUGGAAGAAGGCUUUUAAAGAUGCCUGUGAGAGGCUUUGUCCAAUUCGAGCAUGUGGUUGCUUAUCCGUGCUAGCUAAAUUGAUUGACCUUAGCAUGGUUUUAUGUUCCAUGAUUAGGUCAUGGAGCAGCUGGAGGGUAGAUUGGAUGUUAAGAGACUUGUGCUCUACCGACUGA